GCAGCACAAGGAUCAAGCUGAAGCGGAGUAAAACUCGCUGCAGCCGAGCAGAAACGCAGUGAACAAGUUAGCUCAACAAUGAGAUUUUACUGAAUUACAGCGUUGUCCGGAUGUGUAAUUACUCAUUACUUGUCUCGGUGAACUACUUUCCGGUUAGAAUUUCCGUGUUGUUAGCGGAGUCGACACGGAGUUCUGCUUUCUAUCGGAUAAAACAGGGAGCAAGAAAGGUCCGUUUUAAAGACAGCGCUAUUUAUAGGCUACAUGCAUAGACGUUUGAUCGGCUCGUGGCUCAAUGUCCACAACAAAGUCUUCUGAAGAGCUGGACUUCAGACUGCUGUUUGAGGAACACGGUAAACACUCAACAGCUUUAGCUCUGGAUGUGAAGACGUCUUCCUCCACUCAGGCUCUCACUGAGCAGCUGUGUAGUGCAGAGCUGCAGAGCCACCUUCCAUGUUUACCUGGCACAGUUGACUACGAUCAUGAUGACGGUGUUUCUCGCGGACCCUAUUGUGACCUCCAGCAGAACUUCAGGGCGUUUGAUUGCCCAAGCAUCGAAAUCACUUCCAUUGCUCAUAAUCAUAUAGAGCCUGGCAAUGACCUGGAUUUGUUGCCAUUGGGUGGUGCAGAUGGAGGUUUUCCUGAGCCACUGUGGACCAGAGAUCAGCUCUUCUUGCCUCUGGAUGCCUGCUAUCGUGAAGCGGCGCUCAGCCCGAGUCCCUGCAGCAGCCUCUCCUCUAGAAGCUGGAUAUCUGACCUGUCAUCCUGUGAAUCAUUCUCCCAUGGUUAUGAUGAUGUGGAGGGAGAGUUACAAGAUCCUGCACUCCUAGUUCUGGGGUCACCUGGCUGCCGGGGUGGAGCUUUUGGGGUGGAGCUCUGGCAGCAGAAGUACCAGCAUCCGUCAGCUUUCAAUACAGUGUUGUCACCCUAUCAAUCACCCCGACAGUCACCUUGUCACUCCCCACGCACCAGUGUCACAGAGGAGAACUGGUUGAGCCGCCGGACCGCCUCCAGGCCAUCAUCCAGACCAACAUCCCCUUGUGGAAAGAGACGCCACUCUGGUGCAGAGCCCCAUGCUCGCUCACCCUCUCCUCAUCACUCACCAAGCCCCACUCCAGGCACUUCUCCAAGGGGUAGUGUGACUGAUGACACAUGGGUAGGAAGCCCCGCCUCUGCCCUUGGCUCACUCCUCAUUUCUGGAUGCCAGGAGCUGGACGUUCCUUCCAAAACCAGGAGGACAACUGGUAGCCACCUUGGCCUCUUGGUCGGUCAGGGAGAGCCUGGUCUGGACACCUACCAGGAUUCUUUUAGCGAGGAGGUCCAAGAAAAACCCGACCUUGCCGAGCUUUACCUUCAAGUGCCUUCCCACUACAGCUGGAAUAAACCUAAACCUGGAAAUGCCCCGUUGUUCAGGGCCUUAUCGCCCCCUCCACUGGACUGGCCUCUGCCCAACCAGUAUGCUCUCAUUGAGUUGAAGUUGGAGGUCCAGCCGAGGUCCUUUCACAGAGCACAUUAUGAGACAGAAGGCAGCAGAGGAUCCAUCAAGGCAACUGCUGGAGGACAUCCUGUUGUUAAAUUGAUUGGAUACAGCGAGCAACCAGUCCACCUGCUGGUUUUCAUUGGUACUGCAGAUGACAGAUACCUUCGUCCUCACUCCUUCUACCAGGUCCACCGAGUCACAGGAAAGACAGUCAACACCGUCUGCCAAGAGAAAAUAAUGAGUGGCACCAAAGUCCUGGAGAUCCCUUUGCUUCCAGAAAGCAACAUGUCUGCCAGCAUUGACUGUGCUGGUAUCCUGAAGCUGCGGAACGCUGAUAUUGAGCUAAAGAAAGGCGAGACGGAUAUUGGACGGAAGAACACGAGAGUCCGAGUUGUAUUUCGAGUCGCCGUGCCUCAGCAGGACGGACAGAUGCUCUGGCUGCAGACAGCAUCUAUUCCUGUGGAAUGCUCCCAGCGAUCAGGUCAGGAACUUCCUCAGGUGGAGAGUUUCUGUCCUACCAGCUGCUUUGUGGACGGAGGAGAAGAGCUGCUGAUCACAGGAACAAACAUGUCUGCACAAUCCAGAGUUGUUUUCGUUGAGAAGGGGCCUGAUGGAAGAACACAAUGGGAAGUAGAUGCCAGAGUUUUGUCUGACAAAAGUAAUGAAUCGAGGAUCACGGUGGAGAUCCCCCCUUAUGUUAAGAGGACAGCGUCUCCUGUCCAAGUCCAGUUCUAUGUUUCAAAUGGAAAGAGAAGAAGAAGCCUAAUGCAGAGCUUCACUUACCUGCCUGGAACCAGAGGUCCCCGUCAAGCUGCUCCUGCAGUUAAACAGGAGCUGUGGGGGUCUGAGCACAUCUUCUGUCCAGAGCCCACCCUGUCACCUUCCCAUGAUGCCGUGCUCAGGCCAGAUGUAGCUUAUGAUCCAUGCAAUCUCCCACUGCAUGGUCUUCCUUCCCAAAGCUCCUCUCAUCUACAGCAUCCUCCUGCUUUCACACUUUCCCUUGAAGCAUCAUUAUUGGUUCCUCAAGUGUCUUCUGCACCAUGUCAGAUCAUGACUCCACUUCCAAAUCAAGGUUUGACAUCAGUGCAGAUAGGCACAAUUGAUGCACAGGCACCUUCUCCCCCCAUCCAAACUCUGAACCUCUCUCAUCAUGCCUCUGCUAGUGGUCCUCCAAGGAAACGAUCUGAAAGUUCCACAAGUACUUUGAAAAAGUCUCUGGAUGCUCACAAAGAGUUCCAGCUGCACAACCCAGGAGAAGUGCUGAGUGUCAAGCAAGAGCCAGAGGAGCAGCCUAUUCUAGGAUCCCUGGGCUUCCAGGAAAUCACACUGGAUGACGUGAACGAGAUUAUCGACAGAGACAUUGGGACAUUGAGCAGUUGUGUGCAGUCUGACCAGCAUGACCAGAUCCAGCAGUACAACUGGGAGCCCAGGUCCAGGACCCCGUCUGGGCCCUUCCAUGGAGACCCUCAGUAGUUUCAGAAGACAGUUCCUCAAUUGGAUUUUCCCGUUUGCACGAAGUUCUCCAAACUGAUCAUUAAGUGCCUGAAAACCCGUCAGCAACCUUUGAAGAAUCUGUAGCUUGUUUUCUUUGGAAUUCUGUUCCUUGUGUUUCUCAGGAAUCUUAGAAAAAAAGCAGCUUGUACCUCACAGUCAAACCAAAGAUUUUACUUGUGACUGUAUUGGAGAAAUUGUAAAGUGGGGAAAAAAAAUAACCGUAAUCUGAUUUCAAAGUCAUAUUAUACCUUUGCCAUUACCAACUUAAUGUUGCAUUCACAAAAAAAAAAAAAACAUUUCUUGAUUUUUGACAGGGCCAGUAAGCUUAAAGGUUUUUUUUUUUAUCCCUGGAUGUGAUCCAGAAAUGCUUUGCCAUGGCAACGUUUUAAGGCUUUGUUUUGUUUUUUUCUUGCUUUAUGUUAAUGAUGUUCAACCUGAAUUCCUGUGGUGUGACUUUUUAAGACACUGAAAUAUAUUGAGGUUGAAGUAAAAAUAAAGAAUACUUAUCUGAGAAUAUUUAGAUGAA